UCUACACUACAGUGAUUCUCCGAUAAACGUUGCCGGCUAACUUCCUUCAGCCAACUCGUCGUCCGACCCCGCCGUCGAAGCCAUCACUUCGGUUCUCAAAUCCUUAGCGAGAGACGUUAUUUCAUCCCUUUCGCUAUCUUUUCCGUCCAUCUUUAUUGCUGUCUCCCACCUCACAGAGCCAUUCCCAAGUUAUUGCAAUGAUGGGGAUUUGUAUUGUUCUGUUGCUGAGAUUUGCUUGGGCUGCGGGAACAUUGCCCAUAAUCAUUGCUUCUCUUCCGACUUCUAAGCUGAAUUGGUUUCGUGGAACCCUCUUAGGGUUGGCUAAGAGGGGGAAGAUCAUGCAGUCAUCCUCACAAAAAUUCACUGUUUCUCAAAGAUUAUUCUUGCACUUCUAUAUUGUGGCUUCAUUGUGGACAACAUUCCUACUUUUUGCAACUUGGAUAUCCACAUGCACAAUGGCACCAUUAAUUGCAGAUCCAUAUGCUUUCUCGACCAUUACCAGCUACUUGACUGGAGAUUUAAGCAUGGAAGCUGAUUCAACUAAAAUAGGACCCAGAUGUGUAGUCUGGCAAUCUGUUUUUCUUCUUUUGCUCAUGGAAGUUCAAGUCCUAAGACGCCUUUACGAAACAAAAUAUGUAUUCCAUUAUAGCCCCUCAGCUCGCAUGCAUAUCAUGGGUUAUUUCACUGGAUUGUUUUUCUACAUAGCAGCUCCGCUAUCGCUUUGUUGUGAUUGUACAUUAGAGGUGUAUGACUUCACAGCAAAGUUGGUAACUGCAUCCAUUGUCAAAGGCAAAGGUCACAUGUUGGGAACUGAAUUAGAUUUCUGGCAAGUUUUAAAUCAUCUCCUCAGACUUGGAUGGCUGCCAUGGGUUGGUGCAAUUAUAUUUUUAUGGGGUUGGAUUCAUCAAUACCGUUGCCAUGCAAUUCUUGGCUCCCUACGGAAACAUUCAAAACAAGUAGAUGGAUAUGUUAUCCCUCAUGGUGAUUGGUUUGAACAUGUUUCCUCACCACACUAUCUCUCUGAAAUUGUUAUAUACGCUGGUCUUGUGGUUGCAAGUGGAGGAACAAACCUUACAAUUUGGCUACUGUUUAUUUUCGUGGUGGCAAAUUUGGUAUUUGCAGCUGUGGAAACACAUAGAUGGUAUCUCCAAAAAUUUGAUGACUAUCCAAGUAAUCGUUUUGUUAUAUUUCCAUUGGUUCUCUAAGACUUGGAAAAUAUUUGUUUUCCUCUGGGUGAUUUUGAAUACUCUAUGAUGAUAAAUUUUGCAAGAAAUAAUUUUAUUUAUUCUCUUAA